GACCGAAGGAAUAUGACCACAUUUCGGCCACAUUGUGACAGCUGGCAAUGGCGUUUUUAAGUGGGUGAUAUUUUUGAUCUCGAUAAAAAGUAGAAAUUCCAGUGAAAUUGAAUCACAUUUGUAAAUGAAAAGACAUGGAAAUUAAGGCAAUCCUGGUGACACUGUUCCUCCACUGUGUCGACUCCUUCUACGUUCCGGGUGUUGCUCCUGUGGAAUUCGUGAAGAACCAGAAGAUCGACGUGAAGGCAGUCAAGAUGACCAGUACCCACACUCAAUUGCCCUAUGAGUACUAUUCACUGCAGUUCUGUCUGCCAAAGAACGGGACGCUGGAGUACAAGACGGAGAAUUUGGGGGAAGUUCUCCGGGGAGAUCGGAUUGUCAAUACGCCCUAUGAGGUGCGAAUGGCCGAGAACAUCCCCUGCAAGUUGCUCUGCAAUGAAAAAGACCGGCCACUCAACUGGGACCGACAGCAAUCCAUCAAAGUGGCUGAGAGGAUAAAACACGAAUACUUCGUGCAUUUACUCGUGGACAACUUGCCAGUGGCCACGAGAAUCAUCAAUCCAGACUCCAUGGAAGUUCAAUUUGAGCAUGGAUAUCGUCUGGGGCAGGUUGAGGCUGAUCAUGCCUUCAUCAACAACCACUUGAAGCUCAUUCUUUCCUACCACAUGCACACAAAAGACAAAUACCGCGUGGUGGGCUUCGAAGUGGAGACACUGUCUGUGAAUGCCAAAGAACUCCGUUUUGAGGGAAAUACGUGUAUACUGCCGGACAAUCCCAAGCCCCAGGAAGUGAGUUUGUCCAGCAAUACACAGCUCUAUUUCACGUAUUCGGUGGAAUGGAAGGAGAGUGCUGUUAGUUGGGCAUCUCGCUGGGACAUCUACUUGGGCAUGAAUGAUGUUCAGAUCCAUUGGUUCAGCAUUAUUAACAGCCUGGUAGUUGUCUUCUUCCUGUCCGGCAUCCUCACGAUGAUCAUGGUGAGGACGCUAAGACGUGAUAUUGCUCGCUACAAUACAGACGAUAACUUCGAGGAUACUCUCGAAGAAACGGGCUGGAAGCUCGUUCAUGGUGAUGUCUUCCGACCUCCGCGGCAUCCGCGGCUCUUUGCCGCUGUUAUCGGAAGUGGCAUUCAGAUCUUCUUUAUGGCCCUCAUCACUAUCUUCUUCGCUAUGCUUGGCAUGCUGUCACCGGCAUCCCGUGGUGCCCUUAUGACAUCGGGCAUUUUCCUCUAUGUCUUCAUGGGCCUCAUUGCGGGCUACUUCUCGGCUCGCCUCUACAAAACCAUGAAGGGACGCGAGUGGAAGAGAGCUGCUUUCCUCACAGCUACACUCUAUCCGGGCAUUGUCUUUGGGACGGGUUUCUUCCUCAACUUCUUCAUCUGGGAUAUACAUUCGAGUGGCGCAGUACCGUUCAGUACGAUGCUAUCGCUGCUGUGCCUGUGGUUUGGCAUUUCGUUGCCACUAGUCUACCUGGGCUACUACUUUGGCUACCGAAAACAGGCGUAUCAGCAUCCUGUUCGCACCAAUAUGAUUCCACGUCAGGUACCGACGCAGCAUUGGUACAUGAAUGUAGCCCUAUGUACUCUGGUGGCCGGAAUUCUGCCGUUCGGAGCUGUGUUCAUAGAAUUAUUCUUCGUGUUCUCGGCCAUCUGGCAGAACCAGUUCUACUACCUGUUUGGAUUCCUCUUUCUGGUGUUCUGCAUCUUGGUGGUGAGCUGUGGUCAGAUCUCCAUUGUGAUGACGUACUUCCAGCUCUGUGGCGAAGACUACAGAUGGUGGUGGCGGACGUUCAUUGUGUCGGGUGGAUCGGCUGUAUAUAUCUUCUUCUAUAGCAUCUUCUACUUCUUCACAAAGCUCGAGAUUACGGAAUUUAUUCCAACAUUACUCUACCUGGGCUACACGGGUCUCAUGGUGGUAACAUUCUGGCUUCUAACUGGCACAAUUGGCUUCUUCUCUGCCUACAGUUUCAUUCGUAAAAUCUACGGCGCUGUCAAAAUCGACUGAAGAGAACCUCAGUAGGAAAAAUCUCCUAUAUACUCCCUCAAAAUACCCACUCUCUAUCCCCAUCAUUUUAAUUUAAUUUAAUUAUUUACAAUUAAUAUAAUGCGAAAUGUAUAAUCACUACUGUAGAGAAUAACAAAUGAAACGAAGUAAAUUUAUUGUAUUAA